AGCGUAACCGGGUCGAUGACGAAGAAAUGUCUCUUGUCGACGCUCGGCCAGCGCUUGUUGCUGUGCGUGCGUUCACGGUCGUCCAGCAGCAGCGUAUAUAAGUUCACGGUUGUCGAAAGCUGGAGAUGCGUGUGCCUCGGGUUUGAUCGUUUGUGACAUCUAGUAUAGACGCGAACUAUAGGACAAGAUGGAAAUUUGUGCGGUCAAUGCCCUUGAUGAAGAACAUCUUACAAAAGCCUGGUCACUAGAAUAAAAUAAGACCUCCGCGUGUAUUGGGUUGUCAUGUUUCGAUGAUUAGAGCAGGCCAACGACGAGCUGCAACAACACAGAAUUAUAUAAAUCUAGCAGUCAUGGUUCUCUUUUCCUUGCUGUCCUUCUUCUCUUCCCUCAUUUCAUGUGGCGUUUCGGUCUGCUUUACACCCUUGCCGUGUCUUGCGAGCUCGGCUUGUUCAGCAGUGACUUGCUUGAUACAAGCAUUCGUGGUUUCAUCUCUGUCCUCUCCAAACUUGCAGACGGCGUCGUAAUUGCUCCAUAGCUCGUCUUCGCAUGCUUCGUCUUUGCCGCAUAAGCGCUCGGUUAGCUCUUGGAAGGCUUGAAGGGCUUGGUCAGAGACGAAGUUUUUGGGGUCGUUUUUGAAGGUUCUGUGGGUGGAUUUUGUUAGUUGUGAGGGCGCUUGGAGACAGGGCAGAGGAGGGGAUACGUACUCUUCGGGAUCUAGGAGGGCAGAAGCAGAGGUGCGAGUAGGUUGAGAGAGAACUGUGCUGGUCGACAGAGCCAGGAGGGCGAUUGGGAGAGAAGAGGAGAAUCUCAUGAUUGCUUGUGUGAUGAGAUGUAGGAAGGACGGAUAACUGGUAGAUUUCGCAGCAUCUUAUAUAUUGUGUGGUGUUCUAUAUACCUCGAAUCAAGUGCAUGAGCUA